GUUUUUAAUGCGAAAACAGCAGAGCUCUUGAGUCACCAUCAAGUUGAGAUACAGCAGAAAUUCCCUAAAGAAGGAUGGGUGGAACAAGAUCCAAAGGAAAUACUGAAGUCUGUCCAUGAAUGUGUGGAAAGGACCUGUGAGAAACUGCAACAACUGAACAUAGACAUCACUAACAUAAAAGCCGUUGGAGUCAGCAAUCAGAGAGAAACAACAGUGGUUUGGGACAAGACAACUGGAGAACCUCUUUAUAAUGCUAUUGUGUGGCUUGACCUGAGAACCCAGUCAACAGUUGAACGGCUUCUUAAAAGAAUUCCAGGGAAAAACAAAGCCUUUUUUAAGUUUAGGACUGGUCUUCCACUUAGCACUUAUUUUAGUGCAGUGAAACUUCGGUGGCUUUUGGAUAAUGUGGAAGAGAUUAGGAAAGCAGUUGAUGAUGGAAGAGCUAUGUUUGGGACUAUUGAUUCAUGGCUUAUAUGGAGUUUGACAGGUGGGAAGAAUGGAGGCGUUCACUGUACAGAUGUAACCAAUGCCAGCAGAACAAUGUUGUUCAACAUUCAUUCCUUGGAAUGGGAUCCUGAGCUCUGCCAGUUCUUUGAUAUUCCUAUGGAAAUACUCCCAAAAGUACGAAGCUCCUCUGAGAUUUAUGGCCUGAUGAAAAUCUGUCCUAGCCUGAAAUCUGGAGCCUUGACAGGUGUACCAAUUUCCGGGUGCUUGGGUGACCAGUCUGCUGCUCUUGUUGGGCAAAUGUGUUUUCAAGAUGGGCAGGCAAAAAAUACGUACGGAACAGGGUGUUUCUUGCUGUGCAAUACAGGUCAGAAGUCUGUGUUUUCUGAGCAUGGUCUUCUAACCACAAUAGCUUACAAAUUGGGCAGAGACAAACCUGUUUGUUAUGCACUAGAGGGAUCUGUUGCGAUAGCUGGUGCUGUUGUUCGUUGGCUGAGGGACAACCUGGGUAUUGUUAAGACUUCACAGGAAGUUGAAAAACUGGCUGCGGAAGUGGGGACUUCUUAUGGCUGCUACUUUGUGCCAGCAUUUUCAGGACUGUAUGCACCAUACUGGGAACCCAGUGCGAGGGGUAUUAUCUGUGGCCUUACUCAGUUUACAAAUAAAAACCACAUCGCCUUUGCUGCACUAGAAGCAGUCUGCUUUCAAACACGAGAGAUUUUAGAUGCCAUAAAUAAGGACUGUGGGAUACCACUGAAUCAGUUACAAGUAGACGGAGGAAUGACCAAUAACAAAGUCCUCAUGCAACUCCAAGCAGACAUUCUCUGUAUUCCAGUAGUAAAGCCAUCAAUGCCUGAAACAACAGCUCUGGGAGCUGCUAUGGCAGCAGGAGCUGCAGAAGGAGUUGGAAUUUGGAGUCUGAAUCCUGGAGAUUUGACAGCAGUGACAUGUGAACGAUUUGAACCACAGAUCAACCCGGAGGAAAGUGAAUUUCGCUAUGCCAGAUGGAAAAAAGCUGUGAUGAAAUCUAUGGGCUGGGAGACAUCUGAAGCUGCUUCAAACGGUACUGGUAAAUGACACUACUUAGUGGACUCUCUGGAUGCAGCUGAUUUGUUUUGUUUCAUUUUGUUUUGUUGUCUGAAGAGAUUCCACCACCAAUGUGAUUAUACUACUUGUGUGACCGAAUCCAUUCAUGA